AUUGUUUUUUUUAACCCUAUGUGCUUUGUAUUUACAGAUAUGAUCACAGCCCCUUGUAAGAAAAGCAUAGCUUACUGAAAAAUACUGCUAAAAACAGGCUACCUCAAAAUGAAUCUGUUUUACUUACCAUUUUGAGUUUUACGUUUAUACCGGAGAGAAUAGUGAAGAUGGGCUGCUGCUCGGGGAGGUGUAUGUUAAUGUUCUUCUGCGCUCUUCAGCUGAUCACUGCUGUGGAGAGACAGGUGUUCGACUUUCUAGGUUACCAGUGGGCACCCAUCCUUGUCAACUUCCUGCAUGUCAUUGUGGUGAUAUUGGGCUUGUUUGGGACAGUCCACUAUAAGCCCCGCUAUAUAGUUUUGUAUAUAGUCUGGACCGUGUUUUGGGUGACUUGGAAUGUCUUUAUCUGUUGCCUUUAUCUAGACCUUGGAGGGCUUUCAAAGGACAGCAAUUAUCUGUCAUUGGGACUUUCAUCUUACCGUUCAUGGUGGAAGGACAAUGGUCCAGGCUGUGAGAACAGAAACCUCCCAACCACUAGAUGGCAGCAUCUGGAAAGUCCUGCUCUGGUGUCUGAGCUGGGCUGUGUGUUAGAAUUUCAGUACAUCGAAGUUAUGCACAGCGCCCUGCAACUCUUCAUUUCUGCCCUGGGAUUUGUAUUCGCCUGCUAUGUUGUCAACAUCUUCAGUGAAGAGGAAGACACAUGUUUAUUUGUAUAAGUGACAGUGUCCAGAUCUCAUCGACAUUUUAAGAGAAAAAAGGGAAAGAGAUGAAAGAAAAGGACAUUAACCAUUCUCAGAAUGAACCAGAUUGGAUGGAUUCCAAAUGAUGUAUACAUGUAUAAACAGUGUUGGGGGUAACGCAUUACAAGUAACGUGAGACGUGAGUCAAGUAACUAGUAAAGUAAUGCAUUAAUUUUUAAUUUACUUUUUCAAAUAAGUAACUCCAGUUACUUUUUUCCCCCAUUU